GCGACCUUUGUCAAUGAUGCAGAAAGGGGGACACUUCAGACGAAAUGUUAUGUGCAUAACUAAGCUUGAUCCGUAUCUCCCUCAGUGAUUGUUCGUCACGUGCUGUAAUUAUUUCACCACAUGUUGCACAUAUCAAAGGAGCUUUUAAUCAGACACAGAAUGGUUUCACUACAAGCUGGAGCUCGCUUGUUGCAGGCAAAACGUGAAGGGACACCUCGUCGUUUGGUCUGGACGACUGUCAUAGCAUGUCUAGGAGCGUUGUGUUUUGGAUAUGUUCUCGGAUACAGCUCACCAGCAAUUCCGAGCAUGAUAAAAAGUGGUGUUUUGAUCAAGCAAAAUGCAGGAUGGUUUGGAUCGCUGAUGACAGUUGGAGCAAUACUCGGGGGCCCCUCAGGCGGAUGGUGUAUUGAGAAGUUUGGUAGACGCAAAUCUCUAAUGAUAGCGUCUGUUCCGUUCUUAUUGGGUUGGGUUGCGAUGCUGUCGUCAUCAACGUUAACGUACCUUUAUGCUGGACGAUUUCUUACCGGAUUCUCCUCAGGACUCGUGACAGUUUGUGUACCAGUUUACAUUGCUGAAAUUUCCACCAAAUCCAUGAGAGGUGUUCUCGGAUCAUGUACUCAACUUUUCAUAACAGUCGGAGUAUUGCUGGCAUAUGCAUGUGGACUUCACUUUGACUGGCGAGGCCUGGCACUCAUAGGUGCCAUACAAGCGGUCUUAGCUCUAGUCAUGUCAUUCCUCAUCCCAGAAACACCCCGAUGGUUGCUAGGGAGAAACCAGAAGGCUGAAGCCAUCCAGGCCUUGAAGGCCCUACGUGACGCGCAUAUGGACGUUCAUGAGGAAUGCAGAGACAUCGAAGAAGGCCUUGAUCCACAAGAGGACUUUGCUUGGUCGGGAUUUCUGCAGAAACCGGAACUGUCCAGACCUCUCUUCAUUGCACUUAUGCUUUUCACAUUCAGGCAGCUUAGCGGGAUUUCCGCAGUCACUUUCUACACUGUGUUAAUGUUUGAAUCAUCAAUUCCUGACCUUGCCCAUGGUGCUACUGUGGCUGUUGGUGCUAUCCAAGUUGUUGCUACCUUUGCAGCCUGCCUCCUGAUGGAUCGAGCCGGCCGGAGGAAGCUUUUGAUCAUCGCUGGAUUAAUCAUGUCAGCAUCUCUCUUCAUAUUUGGGCUGUACUACAAGUUGCAAGCUAGCAAUUCCUUGAAUAGUACCAUGAAAACAUGGCUACCCGUCUGCUCACUCAUGAUCUAUAUUGUUGGCUUUUCUUUGGGAUGGGGACCGAUUCCUGUGCUUGUUAUGUCUGAAAUAUUUCCCUCCCGUGCAAGAGGAGCUGCAAGUUCUAUUGCAAUCCUUGGUAACUGGCUGGUGGCUUUUGUGGUCACUAAAGAAUUCAUGACGAUGCAAAAAAUUCUUGGACAAGAUGGAACCUUUUAUCUGUUCGCUAUGUUUUGUUUGAUGUCGGUAAUGUUUGUCUGGAAAUAUCUUCCAGAGACCAAGGGAAAGUCGUUGGAAGAAAUCGAACUUUAUUUUCAUGAAAAAACAUUGAUGAUAAAGUAAAUUGUCUAUUUUGUUUAUGUAAUAUUCUUCUCCUUAAAAUAUUAACUUAAUGUGAACGUGAUUCCUGUGCGUAUCGAUCUAGAAUGUUUGCUAUCAAUUUUCAGUAUUAUAUUUGAAAUCAGUUUACACAGUAAAGAACGUUAAUAACGAACAUGCUUAUAACGAACUGACUGAUAUAAUGAACAGUUUUUUAGCCCCGUCCAUUUGCAAUACAUAUGCCCUAUAUGUGCUUAUAACGAACUACGGUUAUUACGAACUAAAUUUAGUGGUCCUUUAAAUUCGUUAUAAGCGUAGUUUAUUGUAUUGUUAAUUCAUUUAAUUUUGAACUGGAUAUACUACAAAAAAAUAAUUUACCAGGAUGUGUAUUAAACCCAUACAAAACAUGUUUCUCUCUACCUCGUUGUUUAGUAUUGUGUUUAAAGUGUUUUGUCUACAAAGAUAAGAUCUAAAUAUACGAA